UCCGCUUGGUGUCGCUAUUGUUUCUCUGCCUUCGCAGAACGGGAACCAGUCCAGGCGAGGCGUCGGUCAGAAAUUUGUCGGCAUUUGAUUGGUUUGGAAGUACUUCCAGAAACGAAAGAUUUGGUUUAUAGGUGAAUAGGCCUGUCGCCGGAGGACAAAAUGGGUACCAGGGUGUACGUUGGACGAUUGUCUUACCAUGCCAGAGAGAAGGACGUUGAACGUUUCUUUAGGAACUUUGGCAGACUCAGAGAUGUUAUGUUGAAAAAUGGUUAUGGCUUUGUAGAAUUUGAAGACUACAGAGAUGCUGAUGAUGCAGUGUAUGAAUUAAAUGGCAAAGAAUUGUGUGGUGAAAGGUGUAUUGUUGAGCAUGCAAGAGGGGCAAGGGGAGACUUCUUCAGAGAACGAGAGCGUGAUCGUGGGUACCCCCCACGUCGUAGGGGUGGUAGUGGCAGAGACAGUCGCUAUGGGCCACCUACACGCACAGAAUACAGGUUGAUCAUUGAGAAUCUCUCAUCAAGGGUUAGCUGGCAGGACCUUAAGGACUACAUGCGUCAGGCGGGUGAAGUUACAUAUGCAGACGCACACAAGAAGCACAAGAAUGAAGGAAUUGUGGAGUUUGCUACAUAUUCAGACAUGAAGAAUGCUAUUGAUAAGCUAGACAGCACUGAAAUCAAUGGAAGGAAGAUCCGAGUUGUGGAAGACAAACCAAAGAGGCGUGGCCGUUCAUACUCCAGAAGUCGUAGCAGGAGCCGAAGCCGUUCCAGAUCCCGAAGAAGCCGAUCAAGGAGUCGCUCCAGAAGCAGGAGUCGCAGCAGGAGUCCCAGUCGUAGCAGAUCAAGGAGUAGGAGUGAAUCCCGUUCCAAGAAGGUUGACAAAGAUAAUCGUGAUUCUGCCAGCCCGAGCAAGGUCAGGUCUAGGUCCAGAUCCCGUUCCAGGUCCAAGUCCCCUGACAAGAGGGAUGCAUCACCAGCCAGCAAUGGGGAUGACCAAAAGGAUGAUGACAAGGAUGACUGAUCUACACUGAGAACUUAAAUCUGCUAGUAUGAACUGUGAUCACGAUAGCGUGCAUGGAUUGUAAAUAAUCAGAGAAUUGUAUUUGACAAUUGUGCUGAUGGCUGUGCAUAAAUUUCAACAUCUAACCUUUCUAACCAGGCAGGUGACAUCAGUUGUUUGAUUUGCAUUCAUGAUCAGCAUUUUUAAUCUGUUGUGUACAUGAUUGUGAAAGUAAACUGUUAUCAUGUAAAUAAUGUGUUGUCCUUCCCCAGUGCUGUACUUGAAUUCCAAAUGGAAAUCGUUAUCUUAUGUUGCACAUCAAACUCCAGCCCAGUUUGAGUUUUGGGAGAAAUGAUCACCACCCUAAUAUAUUACAUGUGUUAUCAGUGAAUACAUUUCAUGUUUUGUUUAUGAACUUUGAUACUUUGUAUUCUGAAAUCAAUAAUGCCAUUUCAUACUUGAACAAUCUGCCCUUAUUCGUAGCACUGGAGUUUAAAGAACAUUAUCUUACCUCUCUGUCAGAAUGUUGAGAUCUGCUUGAUUCAUGUGAUUUUGAUAAGUUACUAUGUAUCCCACCUGUCAGGGAAAUAAAUCUCUUAUACCCAACCACGAGGAAAACUGACUACACAUGGAUUUUUGAGCAGGAGAAUAAAUCUUUUGCACCACACUACGAAACAAAUAACUGCACUUGUUAAUGUGUCAGUGAAAGUCACUUUGCAUGGAACAAGCUAACCUCAGCUCAAGUGAGCAGCUGUUUUCUAUCAAUUUUCAAUUUGUAUUAAUUCAUGUACAGUGCCAGAUUAAAAAAUGUCAGUAAGAUAAAUUCAUUGUAGCAGUAUCAUGAGGGGUAUAUGUAGUUUUAUGCAUUCCUUAUUAGGUUCUGUAUAACAUGAGCCUUCGCUGAUGCUUGCAUUAGUGUUAAGAGGCGACUAACAGGAUCAGGUGCUCAGGCUCGCUGACUUGGUUGAUGCAUGUCAUCGAUCCCAAUUGCGUGGAUCGAUGCUCUUGAUGUCAACCAUAGGAUUGUCUGAUCCAGACUUGAUUAUUUCCAGACCGCCGUCAUGUAGAUGGAAUAUUGCUGAUUGCGGUGUUAAACAACAAACCAAAACUAUUGUCCAAAUCAUCACUUUAUUAUUUUCUACAAUCAUGUAAUAAUGGCAAAAUGUUUUAAUAUCUGUAUCAUUUGUUCAGGUGUCGUUCACUUUUACUUCAUGUGUUUUCCUUUAUGUAUUUUAUGAAUAGGUAUUAAAGUAUGAAUGUGGAAA